UUCCAGGAAACGUUGGUGUGCAAAGUUUUGAGUUUUUCCGCGGUGACUGUGGCCACUUACUUUCUAUAACUAGCGCAUUGUAUAUUCUUAAACCAUCAUGAGGCGAACGAGAGCAUCGAGAAACAAAAGUCAGGGCGCAGAAGAUAACGAGGAAAGUCGUUUAAAAACAGUGUGGCAGUGGAAGGGUGAUGAAGGGCAGUGGGAACCAUAUUCUCCUUCAGCGUGUGCUGUGUUGGACUCGGCCGUCUCCUCAGGACAAACCUCCGUCGCUCUGACCCUUGGCGGUGGUGUGGACUACGACGUCGACCUGAAGAAGAUGGUCCAGAUUAAUCCUGUCACUAAAUACAAGAGGAAUAUUCGCUCUCAGACAGUGAAACCAGAAAGUUCGAAUGAAGUUAGUGCCUCGAGUGCUUCCAAUGAGACGGCAGCUCCAGUUAAAGAGGAGGACAAAGAGGGGGAGGAAGAGGAGAAACCUGCUGCUAAGAGGAAGAGAGGGCAAAGUAACCGUCAGACUGAAACUGAAAAAAAGCCCAAAGAGGAGAUAAAAAGUGAAGAAGUUGUGAGGACGGUGGUCAUGAAGGGCAAAGCUCCAGUUGACCCUGAAUGCAAAGCCAAACUUGGAAAGGCUCAUGUUUACUGUGAAGGAAAUGAUGUUUAUGAUGUCAUGUUAAAUCAGACAAAUCUACAAUUUAACAACAACAAAUAUUACCUAAUCCAGCUUCUGGAAGACGACAGCGCCAAGGUUUACAGUGUAUGGAUGAGAUGGGGCAGAGUGGGCAAAGUGGGUCAAAACAGCCUUACCCCCUGUGGUGGAGAUCUGCUGAAAGCCAAAAAUUUCUUCACAAAAAAGUUUUUGGACAAGACCAAGAAUGAGUGGGAACAGCGGGCCAGUUUUGACAAAGUCGCUGGAAAAUAUGACAUGGUGUUUGUGGACUACAGUACAAAUGAAAAGGAGGAGGAGAAGGAGGAGGUGAGCACUGUGGCCAAAAAGGUCUCCAAGCUGGAUGUGAAGGUCAAGUCUCUUCUAGAGCUCAUCUGUGACCUUAAAGCUAUGGAGGAGUGUGUGCUGGAGAUGAAGUUUGAUACUCGUAAAGCUCCUCUUGGUAAACUGAAAUCAGACCAGAUCCGUGCAGGCUACACUGCACUGAAGACAAUCGAAGAGUGUUUGAAGAAGAAGGGCAGCAAUCGUGAGCUGCUGGAGGCAUGCAACCUGUUCUACACCCGCAUCCCUCAUGACUUUGGGUUGAAAACUCCCCCAAUCAUCCGAACAGAGGAAGAACUGAAGAAAAAAAUUGCACUGUUGGAGGCACUAAGUGACAUUCAGAUAGCAGUGAAAAUGGUCCAGUCUAGCAGAGGAGGUGACGAAAAUCCUAUAGACAGACAGUACAGCUCCCUCCAGUGUCAACUGCAGCCUCUGGACUCCAGCAGCCAUGAGUUCAAGUUGAUAGAGCAGUAUCUGCAGUCCACUCACGCCCCCACCCAUCAGGACUACACCAUGACCGUCCUCGACAUCUUCUCAGUGGACAGAGAAGGGGAGAGCAAGAACUUCCUCUCAAAGUUACACAACAGGACUCUACUGUGGCACGGUUCCCGUCUGUCUAACUGGGUCGGAAUUCUCAGCCAGGGCCUCAGAGUGGCUCCACCUGAAGCUCCUGUCACUGGAUACAUGUUUGGUAAAGGAAUCUACUUUGCUGACAUGUCAUCAAAAAGCGCCAACUACUGCUUCGCCAAUCAGCAUAAUCAUGUUGGACUGUUGCUGCUGUGUGAGGUGGCACUGGGAGACUGUCACGAGCUGCUGGACGCUGACUACGCGGCGGAUAUUCUGCCUGCUGGGAAACACAGCACUAAGGGCCUGGGACAGACCGGCCCUGACCCCAAAAACUCUGUCACACAUAAUGGUGUGACGGUGCCGAUGGGCCCUGGAGUGAAGACGAGAGUGAGGAAUAACAGCGGUUACUCUCUCCUCUAUAACGAGUUUGUUGUUUACAACCCUGCCCAGACUCGCAUGAGGUACCUGCUGCGGAUCAAGUUCAACUACUCUUCACUGUGGUGAGGUCUGAUGUACACUGACAUUUACAGGGGAAUUUCCUCUCCAUGAAACAAGGAAGAUGCGUCACUCAGUCAGAAGCGGUUCUUGUUUUGGGGGGAUGGGAUGUUAAAUCUGAACACGCUGCUGGUGCCGAAUGGAUAAUGGUAAUGGUUGCUCUCUAUGUGAUGGAAAACCUUAAACAAAUGGUUUAAGACCAAUUAGGUGGCGAACAGAAAAUUAAUCAACUGUUUUGAUAAUUUGUUUCGAAAAUGCAUUUUUCUUGUCCAUAUCUGAUGUUUUACUGAAUAUCUUUGGUUGUAAAUCUGUUGCCAAUACAAAACAAGAUACAAAAAAUUAUUUCUACUGUAUGUGUCGCUGAUAUUUUUCACAGUUGUCUGACGUCACAGGAGUGAACAGCAAAACAAAAACCAAAAAGCUUCCACUGUUUUCUGCUGAGGUUUGAAAUAUGCAUCAUGUAGCGUUUUUUUCUCUUGUGUUGCUUUAUAUAUUUAAACAUUCUCUUAUUAAUAAAACUAAGAAAUGCA